AUGGCACCUUGCGAGUCUGUUGUUAAUCUUCCGGUCGGUUUUAUAUUUUGUCCAAGAGAUGAUCAGUUAUUGGGAUAUUAUCUUCUUAACAAGGAUAGUGGCAAACCCUUUCAGUAUGACAAUGUCAUUCCAGAAAUGGAUCUUUAUGGUAAGAUAGAGCCAUGGGAUAUAUGGCAUGAAUAUGGUGGACACAACUUAGCCAAAGGUGAAGACCUUUAUUUCUUCACCAAACUGAAGAGCCUGAGUGACAAGGACUCCCGCGUGGCACGUACGAUAGGGUCCGGGACAUGGAAAGGUGAGAACUCAGGGACCACAGUCAGUGAUCCGAAGAAUAAGAAGAACAAUUUAGGUAUAUGGAAAAGGUUUCAUUAUGAAAACCCUAAAUCUGUUCAAGACGGUUGCUGGAUAAUGCACGAGUACAGCCUUCACUCUUCAUUGGUGAAGCCUAAACCAAACUCAACCAAUCGGUUUGUGUUGUGCCGGAUUCGAAAGAAUGGCAGGGGGAAGAAAAAGUUGAGAACUGCAGAAGAGGAUAAUGAAACUAACAAUCCAGUACAAUCUCAAAAUACGAGGCAAAGGCCGCAACAAUUGACUAGCUUGUCCGAGGCUACUGGAAUUGGUGGGAGUGUUCCAUUUGGUAGUGAAGAAGACCAAGUCCUCAACUUCACUGAUUAUGAUUCACUCUACCACUUGAUCAACUGUGAUGAUGUUCCGCCGCAAUCUUCCACAGCACAGUUUAUGGGAAUGUGA